AUGGAUGCGGCUCAAUUGAAAGAGAUCCAUGACUUUCUAGUCACCCUCGCCUUCAAGGCCGGAGACAUCAUCAACAAUGCCCUGCCGGACACCAGCGGGACAGGGUCGAAGAAGAAUAGUGCCGACCUUGUCACCGAGUACGAUCGUGCUGUGGAGAACAUGAUCUCGACCUCAUUGAAGGAGAAGUACCCCGACUACGAAUUCCAUGGCGAGGAAACCUAUGAUCCAGCCCGUCCGUUGACAGACGCCCCCACGUUCGUCGUGGAUCCUAUCGACGGCACGGUCAACUUUGUUCACAGCUUCCCGUUUGCCUGUGUCUCUCUCGGUUUUGCGGUGGACCGCAUCCCCACGGUGGGCGUUGUCUACAACCCGUUCACCAAAACCAUGUACUCCGCCAUUCGAGGUCAAGGGGCCUAUCUUAAUCGCGAGACACGUCUGCCGCUGAGAGGCGAGAAUGUUGAACCCCUAUCAGGUCUUCCUAACGCCCUCAUUGCGAUCGAAUGGGGCUCCGACCGCCGGGGUCCGAACUGGGAGACCAAAGUUCGAACAUACGAGAAGCUCGGUCAGUCCAAGGAGGAGGGCGGCGCCAUGGUUCGCUCGAUGCGGAGCUUGGGGUCGGCUGCCCUCAACCUGUGUGCCGUCGCCGAGGGCACGCUGGAUCUCUACUGGGAAGGUGGAUGCUGGGAGUGGGAUGUCUGCGCUGGGUGGGUGAUUCUGACCGAGGCAGGAGGCAUCAUGGUCGACGGUAACGCCGGGGGUGGGAGACCCAACUCGAUGGCCGGAAAUACCUGGCCGUCCGAGGGGCCCCCCAUGCAGGCCAGCGACAGAUCGUGGAAGAGUUCUGGAGCUUCAUCCAAGGGACCUUGCAGUACGACUGAGAAAAACGUAGAGCGGGGCGGUUGA